AUGACGUCCCGCUACUCCUCCGACUCCACAAAGAGCGGUGGUGUCGGCAAUGGGCCCAUGUACGAGGGUCAGAGUGCCAUGCCUCAUCUCCCCGUCCCCGCGCUCGAAGAGACGCUCAAGAAGUACCUCAAGUCGACCCUGCCGCACCAGACCAAGGAAUCGCUCGCCAAGACCGAGGCUGCCGUCCAGUCCGCUCUCUCUGGCGAAGACUCCAAGCUCGUCCAGACGCUGCAGCAGCGUCUCGAGGACCGAGCCAACAAGGAAGGCCGCGAGAGCUGGCUGAGCGAGUGGUGGAACGAUGCGGCCUACAUGGCCUACCGCGAUCCCGUGGUGCCCUACGUGAGCUACUUUUACGCUCACAAGGACGACCGCACGCGUCGCACCGGUCCCAAGCGCGCUGCGGGUCUGCUCAAGGCGUUCCUCGCCUUCCGCAAGUUGCUCGAGACCGAGCAGCUGGCACCGGAGAAGGGCAAGGCUGGGCCCCUCUGCAUGCGCUCCUACAAGUGGAUGUUCAACGCCAACCGCAUCCCCGAAAAGCCCUCGGACACGGCGGUCAAGUACGACUGGCAGGCCAACAACCACCUCGUCGUGCUCCGCAACGGUCACUUUUACGAGUUCGACCUCGUCCACAACGGCCAAGAGCUGAGCGAGGCUGAGAUCGAGUCACAGCUCCAGGAGAUCCUCUCGGACUCUGCUUCGAGCAAGCCCGCCCCGCAACCCAUCGGAGCGCUCUCCUCGAACAACCGCGACAAGUGGACCGAUUCGCGCAAGGCCCUCGCUUCCCUCCCCGGCAACCAGGAGGCCCUUGAACGCAUCGACAGCUCCGUCAUCGUCGUCUGCCUCGACGAGACCGCGCCGCACAGCAUCGAGUCCACCGCAUGGGGUCUCUGGUGCGGUGACGGCAAGAACCGUUUCUACGACAAGCAGCAGAUCAUCGCCUUCGCCAACGGCAAGUCGGGCUACAUGGGCGAGCACUCGAUGAUGGACGGAACCCCUACGUUGCGUCUCAACGACUUUGCCCUUCAGGCGCUCUCGGCGGGUAAGAUCGACCUCGGCAGCUCCAACCGCACCGACCUGCCCGCUCCCAGGCAGAUCCAGUUCAAGACGGAUGCAACCGUCGAGGGUAAGAUCUCGGAGGCCAUUUCGGACUUUGACAGCCUGAUGGGUCGCCACGAUCUCAGCGUGCUCGACUUCCAGGGUUACGGUAAGGGGGCGAUCAAGAAGUUCAAGUGCUCUCCGGAUGCGUGGGUGCAGAUGGUGAUCCAGCUGGCGUACUUCCGCAUGUUUGGCAAGCCGUGUGCCACCUACGAGUCGGCGCAGACGCGCAAGUUCAAGUGGGGCCGGACCGAGGUUAUCCGUUCGUCGAGCGCCGAGUCGAAGGCCUUCUGCGAGGCGAUGGACUCGCACUCUGCGUCGGACGCGGAGAGGUACGAGAAGUUCCAAGCAGCUGUCAAGCAGCAUUUGACCUACGCCACCGCUGCUGCCGACGGUCGCGGUGUCGACCGUCACCUGUUCGGUCUCAAGAAGCUCCUCAAGGAAGGAGAGAAGGUGCCGGCGAUCUACGAGGACCAGGCAUUCGCUGCUAGCUCCACGUGGAAGCUUUCCACUUCGCAGAUCUCCAGUGAGGUCUUCAGCUGCUGGGGCUUCGGCGAGGUCGUCCCCGAGGGAUUCGGUUGCGCGUACGCCAUCAAGGAGAACAGCCUCACCUUUACGCUCACUAGUCUCAAGCUGGGAAGCUCCGACCUGCGACACUACAUCAACGAGGCCGCGGUCGAGCUGCGCGAUCUGCACCUCAGGUUGCAGAACGAUGCCCCCAAGGCCAAGGCCUAA